AGAAUUUCAUCUCUGUGCUGUGGGGCCAUUCAGUCUUGUUGAAAUUUGACCUUUUUUGACAAUCUCAUAGAGCAUGUAUUCAUUUCUCGGAUUUUAUUUUCAAUGCUGAGGGUCCUAGCUAGCUAGUAAUACCCAAACUAAAUAUCAAAAGAGAGAUGAACUAUUUCCAAUGAUGAACCAAAGAGAACGAAGUUUCAACCAACACUAUUUUGGCCGAAAAAUUAAAAAUACACAACACUAGAAUAUGAUAUGCGUAUAUACACACACAAAUAAAAAACAAACAAUUCUUCGUCUUAAUUUAUAAACUAAUGUUACAUGAUGUUACAAUCAUAAAACAUUCGCAUUCGCACCAUAAAAACUACAAAGGACCUUUAAUUAAGUCAUAUUUUACAUGUGCAUUUCGAAGCUGUUAUCCAAAUUCAUGUGUCUCUUUUGAUGUCGACUUAACUUGAUAUAAGCCAUUUUAAAAUCAAAAAUGGAUACAUUUGAUGUGUCAGAUAAGAGCAGCUGGUACUUUGGUCCAAUGUCCCGACAAGACGCUACCGAAGUAUUAAUGAAUGAGCGUGAACGGGGAGUGUUUUUAGUCCGUGACAGCAACUCGAUAGCAGGAGAUUACGUGCUCUGUGUAAGAGAAGACACUAAAGUUAGCAACUAUAUAAUCAACAAAGUUCAACAACAGGAUCAAAUAGUAUAUCGCAUUGGCGAUCAGUCGUUUGAUAAUCUGCCAAAACUCUUGACAUUUUACAAGCUGCACUAUUUGGACACGACACCACUAAGGCGGCCCGCUCAAAAAAAAGUGGAAAAAGUAGUUGGAAAAUUUGAUUUUGUUGGCAGCGAUCAAGACGACUUGCCCUUCCAGAGAGGAGAAGUUCUUACUGUAAUCCGAAAGGAUGAAGAUCAGUGGUGGACGGCACGCAAUUCAACGGGACAAGUUGGACAAAUACCGGUUCCUUAUGUACAAAGGUAUGAGGACGCAACAGAUGAGGACGGAUUCGAUAGCCAAGUUCUUGGACACCCGAGCUCUACUAUUGGACGAUUGAAUAAUUCAUCUGACCCGCCAACAGUCUCUUGCAAUCUGUUUGGUAACACGUUAAAACGGACCGACCUAAACCGCAAACUGCCAGCGUUCGCUCGGGUAAAACAAUCGAGGGUGCCCAAUGCAUACGACAAGACUGCAUUGAAAUUGGAAAUAGGUGACAUUAUCAAAGUUACUAAAACUAAUAUAAAUGGCCAAUGGGAGGGGGAACUAAAUGGACGCAAGGGCCACUUCCCAUUCACUCACGUUGAAUUUGUCGAUGAUUGUGAUUUAGGAAAUAACUGUGGAGAGGUACGUUUAAAUAGCGCCAAUAACGAUUGGGUGGAGCAAUAAUAUUUUCAGUGGAAAAUUUUUAUUUAAAUUUAUGACAAAAUGUAUCAAGAAAUAACAGUAAGUGGUGCAUACCAAUUGUUAAUGCAUAUAUUAAAAAUAUUUAAUAAUCAUACUACAAACCAAUUCAGCUUCCUGUCUCAGAUCAACCAAUCAAAUUAUUUAUUUCAUAAUAAGUAUGUAUUUAUUUGUGUACGUAGAUAUUAUCAAAGACUAUAAAAUUACCAAGAAAUUGCAUCAGGA